AUGGCACGCGAUGACGGUACUCAGGUGGUUCAGCUGCUGAGCGAGGGCAAGUACAACCUGCCGAUGUUUCUCCGCUACCUCAAGUCCUCCUCGAUGGAGGGCGACCAGCCGGACAAAUCGCUUCUGCUCGGUAUCCUGCUGCAGUCCUUGGCCCGCUUCCAGACAAGCGACUUUACGGCAUGCAUGUGCCUCGUGCCCAGCCACGUCCAGGACUCUCCCAGCGUAGAGAAAGAGCUGAAUUACAUCUAUGGACUCGAGAACUUGCUCAGCUGCGGCCUCUUCGCCCGCUUCUGGACGCAGUGGAAUUCCGUCAAGGAGCACCUACCAGAGUCCUUCCAUUUCGAAGCCCGCGUGCGCACCAGCAUCUUAGAGACCAUCUGCAUCACCAUGGAGUCCAUCCCAACGGAAAAGCUGGCCACGUACCUUGCUGUCUCGCCGGACCAGGUGCAGAAGGUGGUGCAGAAUGCUCUGAAGGACUCCGAGGACCGCGAUAUGAGGGUGAUGGCGUACAACAGCGGUAGUGUGAUGUUUCACCGCAACCGCUUCAACUACCCUCAGGCCGGUGCUGCGCAGGACUCUAUUCACUUCACCGAUGUGUCAUCUGUCAUUCACAACGACGUGCCGCGCCGCGGCAUGGCAGUGGCGGAAGAGACACGGGAUGUGCGUGCACGGACGUGGGCUCGCAUGGCGGAUGACUAA